AUGAGAUUCUAUGACACGGAGACAUUGGAAAGCAAUGAAGAUAAAGAAAAUUUUAACCCAGUUGUAAAACAAUACAGUCCAGUUAAAAAUAUCAUUAAGAAAAGAAAUACGGUUCUUAAAGAGCUUACUGAACGUAACAGACAUAAAGGUAAUUUAGAAGUUAAAAGUAAAAAAGAUGAAAGUGAAAUUGGUUUUUUAUUUAAUAAUAUGGAUCUUAUUAACCGAAAGAGCAGAUUUGGGAGGGAAAUGUAA